GGGACAGCGCUCUUCUUUUGAAAAGUGUUCCGUUGGCUUGGCUUGUAGAGGGGGCGACCGCCAUUGUUAAAAAACAGCGUCCACAAUGUCGCUAAAAGUACAACUUGGAGAAUAAGAAGGGGUUUCGUCCACUAGAAGUCCACAAGUAAUACUGCACAAACAUGGCUCAGCGUGUGGCGACAGCAGACGGAGGCAACAAGAAGACAUCCAGAGUUCGGGUUGCGGUUCGUCUGCGACCCUAUAUGGGCAAACUUGAUGAGAAAAACGAGGGUCUAUGUGUGAAAGGUUUGGACUCGCAAAACCUGGAGAUAAUCAACUGGAGGAAUGCCACAGAAACAGUUAAAUAUCAUUUUGACGUAUUUCAUGGAGAACAAACAACGCAACAAGAGGUUUUCCUCUCAUCGGUGAAGCCCGUCCUGCCUCACAUAUUGAAUGGUCAAAAUGCCAGUGUGUUUGCCUAUGGGCCAACAGGAGCAGGUAAGACGCACACCAUGUUGGGCAGUUCAGAGCAGCCAGGUGUGAUCCCCCGAGCCGUUCGGGAAGUCUUCAAACUGGUCAAAGCGAAGGAUGAGGGUGAAGGAUGGGAAUACAGCAUUGGCAUGUCUUAUCUGGAAAUUUACAAUGAGAAGGUACUUGAUCUUCUGUCGCCAGGCUCUCAGGAUCUGCCAAUCAGAGAGGACAAGGACAAGAACAUCCUCAUACCGGGCCUCACUCACACAACAAUCUCCUCCUUCUCAGAUUUUGACAAACACUUUAUUCCCGCCAGCCUCAAUCGUACAACAGCUUCAACCAAACUAAAUCAGCGCUCCAGUCGCAGCCAUGCUAUUCUCCUCAUCAAGGUUGUACGAACUCAGCGAGCCUUAUCCCACAGACAACAGACGGGCAAACUGUACUUGGUCGACCUGGCUGGGUCUGAGGACAACCGCCGCACGGGCAACCAGGGCAUCCGUCUGAAGGAAAGCGGUGCCAUCAACCUCUCACUGUUCACACUCAGCAAAGUGGUGGAUUCUCUGAACUCGGCCACUGCCGUCCGUGUUCCGUACAGAGACAGUAAACUGACGCGGCUGUUGCAGGACUCUCUGGGUGGCUCUGCUCACUCCGUCAUGAUCACCAACAUCGCACCAGAGUACAAAUAUUACUUUGACACUUUCACUGCCCUCAACUUUGCAGCAAAGUCCAAGCUCAUUGUGAACAAACCUUUCACCAGAGAAACUGUUGCUGUGCCUGUGCUGCCAGUGAAGCGAGCCAGAGACGAUCGUGAGGCCGGAGGGUCCGACAGUGAGCCACACAAGAAAAAGCAAAAGGAGAAGGGAAGAGAGAUGACCGAUUCCUCACACCCUGCACAUUUGAACAGUCUGUCAGAACCGUCAGUGAUGGACAGACUAAUAGCUCUGGAGAAGCUAAUGAUGAGCUGCCAAGAUAAAGACAGAAGCAGCAUGUUAAAGGAUGUGGCUCAGUCUCGUAAGGAGAUCCAGGAGCUCAAAGAGAAGCAGAGGGAGUUUGAGAACAAAGCUCUUCUACUGAGUCGCCUGGCCGGAGAGAAGUUGAGCACAAAACAAGAGCCUGACUUCAAAAACAACACGGCGCCUCUGCAAAGAAAACAGUCAAAUGCCUCGAAACCCAAGAAACAGCAGGCGGUGGUUCAGCCUCUUCAAGUGUCCCAGCUUCAGCCUCUUCAGCAGCUUGCUGUGGUCAAGAAACAGUCUGUCUGUGUCAAGAAGAAGAAGCUUUCAGGCCAUGUUGAGCUUCCAGAUGGUAAGGAGAAUAUCAUGGAGAGCAGCUGGGAGUCUCAGCUGGACACAUCUGUGCUGGAACAGUCUAGAAAAAAGAUCCUGCAGCUCCUCAACAGCAGCUCCCUCAAAGAGCUGAAAAGUCUGCAGCAGAUCGGUGACAAGAAGGCAAAGCUCAUCCUGGGCUGGAGGGAGAUCCACGGUGACUUCACACAGUUGGAAGAUCUGGGAAAAGUAGAGAGUAUGACGGAGAAGCGGUUUUCCUCCUUUAUGAAGGCAAACAUCCUGAGUGCGAUGGGGAAAUGAUUUUUUUUUUUUUUUAAUGCUUUUUAAAAUUUUAUGACUUUAAUGUAACUUGUAUAUAAUGUUUUAUCUCUGAAGCUUAUAUCGUGUCUUUAAUUCUUUAAGGUUUUAAAGUUUUAAAUGUGUUUUGUAGUUACUACUGUGUUCCAGUGGAUGGAGUGCCAUUGCUUUUAAUAAACGUCACACUUGUCACAGAA